AUGGAGAAAGAAGAAACGGACAAACCAACUCACAAUAAGAUUAAAAUGAACCUGGAAGAUAUCAUCAAAGAAUGGGAAACAGUUAUGCAUGAUGAGAUUGCUGAGUAUGCUGAGCAUAGAGUAGCAUCAGAUGAAGAAUUAUUUGCUACAGCAUACCAUAAAAUGGUACAUUCACCUGCUUUAGAAACAAUGCUCCAGUUAGAGCAUAUGUAUUCUAGAACAGUAGGACAAAAAACUGAUGAGAAGAAAAGACUUGUCCAAGAACUAUCUGAACGUCAGAGUCAUGAGAUGAAUGAUGCAGUAGAUAGAUUAGAUAAAGAUAUGACAGAAUCAAAAAUUAAUGAGCUAGUUGCAGAGCACUAUGAAGCUCAUUCUUUUCUUCAAGGAAAACUUACUAGUGAACUUGAUACUAUCAAAGAAGCUCAGAGAAGAGAGUACCGAGAAUGGUUGAUGCAAAUGCUUGAGCAAAACCAAACCAAUAGUUCAAUACCUACUCCCAAUUCACCUUUGACACCACAUGAAAUAAUUAUUCCCAAUCAAGUAUUUGAUAGAGGGUUAUCAGAUACACCUAUUCUAGAAGAAAGCUUCACUAUCCAUCUUGGAUCACAGUUGAAGCAAAUGCAUAAUAUAAGAAUUUUGUCUGCCAAUGUGAUGGAUCUCUGUGAAGUAAAAGACAAUAAGCUAUUUUCAGAACCUACUCCACAGUUACUGCAAACAGCUCUAGCCCUAUAUUCAAAUGACUUGUCUGGUUUGGUUUUACUAGCUGAUAAUAAAAUAGGUUCCAGAAUGAUAGAGGACUUCCAAGAUAUUUGUCAGAAAUCAACAGAAUUUCACUUUCCACAUAUAGAAGAUCAGUUGACAAAAAUUUCAGAUAUAGCACAGAAAUUCCUGAAAAAAGAACAGAAAAAUUUGAAUAGGUCACAUAGUGAACUUUUACAGCCUGGGGAUUUUUAUAUCACAAGGCACUCUAAUCUUUCACAAGUACAUGUUAUUUUCCACAUGGUUUCAGAUGAUAGUUUGAGAGGUUGUGAUAUAAACAGCAGACAUCCUGUAGUUUUAGGGCUGAGGAAUAUCCUGAAAACUGCAUGUUCCAAUGAUAUUACAUCACUGACCAUUCCCUUGUUAUUGCAAUAUGAGAUGACAGAGGAAAUGACUAUUUCAUGGUGUGAAAAGAGAGCAGAGCUUGUUUUCAAAUGUGUCAAAGGCUUUAUGAUUGAAAUGGCUUCCUGGGGAGGUUCAGAUUUGAAGAAUUUGCAAUUCAUGUUACCCCAAGGAAUUUCAAAUCAGGUGUUCCAUUCAUUGACAGAGAUGUUACCUAGAAUUUUUAAAGUUUCAAAUCCAAAAGUGUUGAAAUAA